AUGUUAGCACCAGCAUCAUUUGCACAAGCUCGUAUAUGGCUUGAUGAAAAAAAUCGAUUCGAUCCAGACAAGCCUCAAAUAGCAAUCUAUAAUAUGCCUUUUGUUUAUUCUCUCUACUCACAUCAUACUUUAUCAGUACAACAUCUUCAUCAUGCUCUUCAACUCACUGUUAACAAACAUCCUUCACUUCAUACAUCACUUCAUUUUAACAUCCAAAAGAAUCUACUUAUGCAACGAGUUGUUACUCAUGAAGAUAAAUAUAAAAAUAAUAUGUUUUCAAUCAUCGAAACUAUUUAUGAAACAGAUGAGCAACUAAAUGAGAUUUUACAGAACGAGAAACGUAAUCCUCAUCUGUUUGAUGUUGCUCAGGGUCUUGUCUUUCGAUGUCAUCUUGUUUAUUAUAAACAAAUCUCUUCGAAUCAUCAUCUUUCUCACAAAGAUAUACUUAUUUUCAACUUUCAUCAUGCUCUAUUUGGUUUUCAAUCAAUGAAUAUCUUUCUUCAUGAUCUCGAGCAAGCAUAUUCAACAAGUCAACUAUCUAACAAUGACAACACUACUCUACGUUAUCUUGAUUAUGCUGUUAUCGAACAACAAAUGGCAAUGACUGGUGCAAGCAUGUUUUGGCUAGAUGCUCUUCAUGAUUGUAAACUUGAUCAGUCUCUAUCAUUACCAUUUGAUCGAUAUCAUCUCUCAAAUGAAUACCGAACUGGUCAUGCAACAUCUAUUUCAUUUGAUUUUGGCCAAGAUCUCUCGCAUGACCUUCUUCUUCAUGCAUCAUCAAAUAAUAUACCACUGGAACAUCUCACAUUUGCUAUUU